GCUCGAGUCUGUACAGCUCAAUCUCCCCUGUAUUCAGGCCUGAGGAUCUGUCCAGCUGCCCAUUCUUCGUAUGGCUUCGGCAGGUCAAGAGGCGAACAUGGCAGCCACUAAUGCAGCAGCAGCUUCCGCUGCUGGACUGCGGACAGCCAAGCGAAGCAUGCGAAAGGCCAUGGCACAGCGGUUAGCGCAAAUGUCCCGACAAGAAAUCCUAGAGCAGUCCGAGCAUGUCACCCGGCGUAUCCUCGCCUCGCCAACGUACCAGCGAGCAGAAGCCAUCUCAGUCUAUGUCUCAAUGGCAUCAGGAGAGGUGGAUACAGAUCACCUCUGCCGCCAUACGCUCCUGGCAGGCAAGCGACUCUACGUACCUCUCUUCGCAGCUCCCGCCUCUUCCGCUGCAAGCUCAGCCACCUCUUCUAGCACUUCUUCUCUAAAGUCUCCCGCCUCUACCUUCUCAUCAGACAUGCGCAUGCUCCGUCUGCGUACUCUAGCCGAAUACGAAGGCAUGAAGAUGAAUCGAUGGGGCAUCCGCGAGCCCGAAGAGGAAUAUGCUGCUGGUGUUGAAGAGAUCAGCCAGGGCUCCCCGAGUCCUGAUCAAAGUCAGAGUCAGAACGAGCGCGUAAGACGGGAGAACGCUCUUGAUCCCUCCACGGGCGGAUCGGGGCUGGACUUGAUCCUCUCCCCCGGAGUGGCAUUUGACGAACAGGCCGGUCGAUUGGGCCACGGAAAGGGAUACUACGACCGUUAUUUGGCGCGAUGCGAGGAGUUUGCGCAGCAGAGAGGAAAGGCGGGACCGGUCUGUGUCGCGCUAGGCCUGACCCCACAAGUACUCCCCUCCGGCGAGCGAGUGCCGCAAGACGAGUACGACCGCACGCUAGACGGAAUCGUCGUGCCUUCCGGCGUGCUGAGGGCAACGGAUGAUCGCGGUCGGUGGGAAUGAGCCGAAGUCGGUCGCAGAUAUGGAGGAUCUGAUGAUGAUGAAUAAUUACAUUACAUAUGCUGUGCCACUCUAUGAGGUUCGCUC